GCCUGUGGCCCAACCCAGAGCACACGGGCCGCCACCGGAGCCGGGAGAGCCGCAGCCGCCGCAGCCGGAUCCCCACCUUCCCCGCCGCGGCCGUCGCGGCGGCUGGGCUGGCGCUGUGCUACAGCAAGGGCCACGGUUCCAAAGAAGACACUCUGCUAGAAGCUGCCCGGAUCAACAGUGUUUCCGAAGUGGACCGGUUGUUGCAGGAAGGAGCCAGCGUGAAUGCCCGGCACAAACUUGGCUGGACGGCCUUGAUGGUAGCAGCUAUCAACCGAAAUUCAAGUGUGGUGAAGCUUUUGCUCACAGCUGGAGCUGAUCCAAACCUGGGCGAUGAGUUCAGCAGCGUCUACGAAACCGCCAAAGAGAGGGGGCUUCAUUCCCUAGAAGUGCUGGUCACCCGCGAGGACGACUUCAACAACCGCCUGAACAACCGGGCCAGUUUCCGGGGCUGCACCGCUUUGCACUACGCCGUGCUGGCUGAUGAUCACCCCACUGUCAAGAUGCUUCUCGACGGAGGUGCCAACCCCCUGCAAAAAAAUGAAAUGGGGCACACGCCCAUGGACUACGCCCGGGAGGGAGAAGUCAUGAAGCUCCUGAAAGCAGCUGCAGCAAAGUUCCAGGAAGAGCAGCGCAAGAGAGAAAUUGAGGAACGGCGGAGGUUCCCGCUGGAGCAAAGGCUCCGAGAACAUAUCAUUGGCCAGGAGAGCGCCAUAGCAGCUGUUGGAGCUGCCAUCCGGAGAAAGGAAAAUGGCUGGUAUGAUGAAGAGCAUCCUCUGGUGUUCCUUUUCUUGGGAUCGUCAGGAAUAGGUAAAACUGAGCUGGCCAAACAGACUGCCAAGUAUCUGCACAAAGAUGUCAAGAAGGGUUUCAUACGGCUGGACAUGUCCGAGUUUCAGGAACGGCAUGAGGUUGCCAAGUUUAUUGGCUCCCCACCAGGCUACGUCGGCCAUGAGGAAGGCGGGCAACUCACAAAGAAGCUGAAACAGUGCCCGAACGCGGUGGUCCUCUUUGAUGAAGUGGACAAGGCCCACCCAGAUGUCCUCACCAUCAUGCUGCAGCUGUUUGAUGAGGGCCGACUGACGGACGGGAAGGGCAAGACCAUAGACUGCAAGGACGCCAUCUUCAUCAUGACCUCCAACGUGGCCAGCGAUGAGAUUGCCCAGCACGCCUUGCAGCUGAGGCAGGAGACCGCGGAGCUGAGCCGGAAGAGGAUCGCCGAAAAGCUGGACGAUGUCCAGAUGACAGACAAGAUAACCAUCUCCAAGCAGUUCAAGGAGAACGUUAUUCGCCCCAUCUUAAAGGCUCACUUUCGAAGGGACGAGUUCCUCGGCCGCAUCAAUGAAAUCGUCUAUUUCCUGCCCUUCUGUCACUCGGAGCUCAUCCAGCUUGUCAACAAGGAGCUGAGCUUCUGGGCUAAGAGGGCCAAGGCGAGGCACAACAUCACGCUGGUGUGGGACCGGGAGGUCAUGGACGUGCUGGCCGACGGCUACAACCUGCACUACGGGGCCCGCUCCAUCAAGCACGAGGUCGAACGCCGGGUUGUCAACCAGCUGGCUGCUGCCUAUGAGCAGGACCUCCUGCCGCGCGGCUGCACGUUGCGGAUUGUGGUGGACGACUCGGACAAGCAGCUCCUGAAGGCGAAGGACGGCGCCUCGGCCAAGGAGGGCCACAAGAAAGGACCAACCCUGAGGCUGGAGAUCGUCGAGGACAGCAGAAGCCGGAAGCUGGACAUCCAGGCCCCCCUGGCCCCCGAGGAGAUGUCCUGUCCCUUGUAGGCAUCGGGGCGGGCUGCCGUGGGCUGCCUGCCACCGGCACGUGCCCCUGGCAGGGUCUCCAGACGGGUGGCCAGUAAUAAAGCAGUCGUGAGACCUGGACAAGCCGCGUGCAGGUGAUGGUGUGAGGAGGCCCGGUGGUUCUGGAGGUGGGGGCUCCUUGGGGCUCGCCAGCGCAGCGCAGUUGGGCCGGGAUGACCCUGCAGAAGAAGGACUGGCGGUCUCUGCUUGCUCAGUCGGUGGGGAGUGGGUCGGGUCGGUUUCCUUCUCGGGGGGAGGACGGCACGAGCUUGCUCCUGUUGUCCAGAGCGCUGUGCUCACCUUUCCCAGGCUCCAGAACGGAUGGUGCAGGUUGGGUGGGACCCAUGUGAACCUGUCGCCCGGGGGGCGGGGGGGCUUUCCCGGGCACUUUUCUCAGCAAUGUAUCGGGUGAUGAAAGAGUGGGGUGCUCUUUGCAGCCGCACAGGCACCAUCCAGAUCUUAAUUUAUUGCAAUAAAUGAAAGGUGAACAUCAAA